AUGCUGGGCUCUGCGGGCUCCACUGAACGGGGGCGGCUGCGGCUUCUGCUGCGGGGGAGCGUGGCCGGGCUGUGUGAGCUGCGGCUGCUGCGGGAGAGGCAGGAGGUCCGGGUGCGGAGGGCGCUGCUCGGGGCCCGAGAGGAUCUUGACCGCCAACUUUGGGAACUGGAGCGCCAACUGGGAGAAUUACGUCUUAGAGCUGAGAAUGACAGCGAAGAUGUGGGGUUAGAGGCAGAUGCUCAGGAAUCAUGUGAUGUGUUUGUGGAUCGCUCACCCCGUGGAGGACAGACCGAGGCUCGUAUGCAUUAUGCUAAUGAGCGCCCAAAGAGUGCAGGUGACAUAGUUGUUGGAUCUCAGCAACCUCGUACUUCCUCUUCACGUCUUCUGGUUCCCCGUUCCCUUUCUGCCCCUUAUCCCUCUCCAUCUUCCCCGCCACCCCCUUCACUACCUGCUCGUCGGGCUGAGGGCUAUAUACUUUCCCUGCUCCGAAGACAGUUCCGUCCUCCAUACCUGAGAUCUGUUUCAGCUGAGAGGCCUCCGCCCCAGCCUGCUACUACUCGAAUGGCAAAUGUUUCCUACACACCUACUCACCGUGGUUCCCGAAGGAAGCACCCACCUCUUUUGAAGGGUCACAGUGUUGAAGGGUCACCACCACGUCCUCCUAGGAAAUGUCUUUCAGCAGAGGAGCCACCUCGCAAAAGGGGUGGAAGGAGGACCCCACGUUCUCUAUCUGAGACAAGUUUAAGAGAUCCAAAUCAUCAAGAGGGGGCAGAUUCAAGAAACCACUUGGAUACCUUAGAUGUUUCCAGAGGUACCAGUGAGGGGUGGGGAAAUAACAGGGCUCACUCAGCAGCAUGGAUUGAUUCCAGGGGACACUCAGAAGGUUGGAUGGAGUCAGGGGUUCCUGUACAAGAAUGGGGAGAAGUGAGGGGCCACAUGCACGAAGGAGGACGCUGUUACACUCUAGGCAGGGAAGGGAAGGUCCCUAUGGUAAAACUUGGACCCCCUUGUAGAAAGUGGAGAUCUACAGCAGAAAUAAGUGCUGGGGGUCAGGAGGCAGAACCUGAGGUGGAGUCAGAAGAAGAGGAAGAUGAUGGGGGCUUAGUUUGGCCCAUGCAGCUCCCUCCACGGGAUGCAGAUGGACGCCCACAAAUGUUCAAAGUAAAGGCUUCACAGGCGCUCAAAAAGAAGAUUAUGCGAUUCCACACAGGGUCGCUGAAGGUCAUGACAACUGUGUAAAACAUAACAAGUCAUAUGUGUAGUGACAGAUAUGUGUGUAAAUUUGUUCUGUUGCUCCAGUCACUUCCUCUUCUAUCCGUGCAGGCACACGGACACUGACUCAGGAGUUUAUAUGUACUUACCUAUAUGAAUGUAUUUAUAUAUCUUGCUAGAAGGAUGUGCCAUAACCUGGGGUUUCCUGCAAUGACCGCUGCCUUCUGUGCCAACCAACAUGCUUUUGUAACAAAACUUGUUUUUAUUUGUUACAUUAUUUUCACUCAUCCAGUGGUCAGUCCUGGAUCCUGUUUGCAAUAGACCUAUCAUUUAGCAACCGCACAGUAUUUUUAUGUUUAGUAUUUUUGUUAUUUACUGAUCACUAAAUCUGUGGUACUGUGGAUUUGUUUGUUGUUCGGAUAGAGUUACCAUCAUAUUUUGUCAAGUUGAUAAUGACAUGUUACUUGUGACUUUAUCACUGCUUCUUGUUCUUGGUAAGAUUCCAAGCUAAUCCCAGAAUUUCUGCAACAUCAGCACAGAAGUCGUCAUAUUAAAUGGCUACAACUGAUUAUAGGAUUAUGGUUACUUUCAUGUUUCUAGUUCUGUUAUAGUGGUCACCAGUGAGUGUGAAUUGCAUUGGGCUAUUUAUCAUUGAUCU